CUUUUCCCCCACCUUUUUUCCUGUCGUAACUCGAAGCUCUGGUGACAAGUCGAAGCAAAAUUUUGCUGCCAGAACUGGUUGUAACUGAAAUACUGUAGGUUGUAAGUUGGGACGGUCGCAAGUCGAGGCACCACUGUAUAGGCAGAAUCAGGACGGUAUAAGUCACCUCACAAACCUUAUAAGAUGAUGUGUGAAGACUUGUUUCCAGUCUGUGGCCCCCUUCAAAUGUGCCAUGGACCCCACCUCCCCGGGGCCCCAUAGCUGCUGUUGAGAAUGGGUGCUUUCAAGGAUUUACAAUGCUCUCUGGGGGAUUCCCUGCUCACCAGUGCUUGCCACCCAUCGGGCAUGUCACCAUUUCUUCUUUAUCUGUUUUUGUAGAGAUCCCAUCAAACUGGAGGAAAGCUGUGAGACACCUAGCAAUUGGUGUGGUGUGGCCUCUUUUGGAGCCCUGGAAUAGAGGCCUUUUCCUGCAGAAAGGGACAAGGUCAAGAGGAGGGUUUGGGGAGGUGGACUUUGACUGAAGACAAAAUGGCGGCUGAAGAAGGGAUGCAGCCCCUUGUGGGUUUCCAGUUCCAGGCUGCAACUGAACAAAACGUGAAGCAUGAGGUCAAAAUGGAGGAGGAACAGCAGUUUGGUGCUGUGGCUGCCGAGAGCCCUGAAGACGAAGGAAAUAUCAGGGAAUGCCUCUCCAGAUGGCCGGAGCAGCAGGUCAAGUCAGAGCCGGGGGAGAGGCUGCUCCGGCAGUGGGAAGACCAGUGGCAGGGCUUCCUGAAGACCGUGGAGUCUCCCUCUUCGUCCGAGUGGGAGAGGCCAGGGCUGCCGGACGCGUCGGCCCCGUGGGGCGAUGCCCAGGCCUUCCUGGCCUCCUUCGAGCAAGUGGCCGAGGCCUGCUUGUGGCCCAAGGAGGAGUGGGCGGCCCGACUCCGGCCAGCCCUCCGAGGAGAAGCGGGCCAGGCCUUCGUCCGGCUGGAGGCCAGGGACCGAGAGGACUACGGCAAGGUGAAGGCGGCCCUCCUGCGCAGAGAGGCUCUGCGGAGAGAGAAGACCCGGCAGCACUUCCGGAGCUUCGGCUACCGGGAGGCCGAAGGGCCGCGAGCGGUUCACGGCCGGCUGCGGGAGCUUUGCCGCGGGUGGUUGAAGGUGGAGAAGCACACGAAGGAGCAGAUCCUGGAAGAGCUGGUCCUGGAGCAGUUCCUGGCCGUCCUUCCGCCGGAGGUCCAGACCUGGGUCAGGGGACACGGGCCCGAGACCGGCGCCCAGGCGGUGGCCCUGGCCGAGGACUUCCUGGGGAGGCCUUGCAAGUCGGAGAGGCUGGAGCAGCACGCACCUGCGAAAGAAGGACCUUUGGAUUUCUCUGUGUCAGAGGAGCUGCCAUCAGACCGUAAAUCUAACCAGGUCUUCCAGGAAGCAGGUGCUGACGUAGGAAACUCUCUGGGUGAAGACCUGUGGAGUGCGACUGAGAGAAAUCACCAAGUAGCUGGUGAAGAAGCUGCAAAUUUGGAGGAAAUGGGAAGUCCAGAAGGGGAGGGUUUGCAAAGGGGUGGCCCGGAAGAAGCAUCUAGAGCUCGGAAAGGCUCUAAGGAAUCUCAGAGACAUUCUCCAGGGGAAAAGGUAGAAAAAAUUGUUUCUUGUAAAGGCAAGGAGCCGCUUGAUGAAACCAGUAACCCACAGAGAAUGCCAGUGGUGAAGAGUGAGAUGAAUACAGCGGAUGAAAGCAGCUUUCCAGAUGACUCAGAGAUCGCUGAAUUUCCAGUGGCCCACACUGCCGACUUGCCCUAUAAAUGCUUGGAUUGCGGGAAGAGCUUUAAUUACAACACCAGCCUCGUCCGGCAUCAGAGAAGCCACACGGGAGAGAAACCGUACAAAUGCUCGGACUGCGGGAAAAGUUUCUGCCAGAGUUCAGGCCUCACCGUUCAUCAGAAAAUCCACACCGGGGAGAAAGCCUAUCAGUGCCUGGACUGUGGGAAAAGCUUCCGGGUAAAAGGCCACCUCAUCCGGCACUCCAUCAUCCACAAAGGGGAGAAACCUUACAAAUGCGCUGAAUGUGGAGUCUGUUUCUGUGAAAGGUCAGACCUCACGAUCCAUCAGAGAACGCACACGGGAGAGAAACCGUACAACUGCACUGACUGUGGGAAAAGCUUUCGCCGGAAGGCAGAGCUGACUCUCCAUCAGAGGAUCCACACCGGGGAGAUGCCCUACACGUGCGUGGAGUGCGGGAAAGGCUUCCGCUGGAUUCAGAACGUCAUUGCCCAUCAGAAAACCCACGCCCGCGUGAAACCUUUCGAGUGUCCUGAAUGUGGGAGGAGAUACUCUUCCAAUGUGGGCCUUGCAAGGCAUCAGAAAGUCCACGCAGCAGGUACCCCAUGAAUAUAUAUUCGUACUGCAGGAAAAGUUUCCGCAAUGGCACCAGGCUUAUCGGGCAGGGGAAGAUCCACACAGGAGAAAACUUGUUGAAAACUUGUAAACUAUGGAUUUUGGGAGAAGUUUCAACUAGAAUUUGGACCUUUAAUUCACGUCAGAAAAAUCCAUACAGGAGUGAAGCCAUUCCUGUGUUUUGACUGUGGGUAAAAUGUCAGAUCUAAAUCAGAACUUCACAAGCAUUACAUAAUCUAUGUAGGAGAGAAAAGUGAUAAAAACCAAGCGUCGGUGAUCCAGAGGUUUCUGCCCACGAGAAAGUUGUCAGCGACUGGCCCAUAGGGAAAAAGGAAAGAGAGAAGGGAAAAGCUGGAUCAGCUCAUGGAAUACGGAGAUGUUGUACAGUGGUGUCUCGUAUAACGACGUUA